CUUUUCCAUAUUGAACAUGAUAUGGUAGGCUAGCGCUGCAUGUGACAGUUUAAUCAAAUCCAUUUGUUACAACGCAGCUAAAGGAGACCGCUGGGAUUAUAGGAUUACGGGCAGAGUUAGGGAGGCAUGUGGCUUUGUCAUUCGCCAUCAUUCUGUACGCUGCUCCCUUGCCAGUGGCUCGGCUUGUCUGUUCCACCAGUCCCCUGCCCACUCUCCACCUCCCCCACCCCUGUCUCCAAAGUGCCUGCACAAUAGCCCGGCUUCGGCUGUCUGGUGCGUGUCUGGCUGCAGCUCACAAGGCUCCUCAUUUGACCCAAAGUGGGGAAAUACUUGCUGCUUGGGCUGGAACUGGGCGCUCAAUGAGAAGGCGCUGGGCAGGCACUCUGAAGUCAACUCAUGCAGAAAAAGGAGAAAAGUUUUGGUAUACAAAUGCUCUCGGUCCAGCCAGACACCAAGCCGAAAGGUUGUGCUGGCUGCAACCGUAAGAUCAAGGACCGGUAUCUUCUAAAAGCCCUGGACAAAUAUUGGCAUGAGGACUGCCUGAAAUGUGCGUGCUGUGACUGUCGUUUGGGGGAGGUGGGCUCCACCUUGUACACCAAAGCCAACCUUAUCCUUUGUCGCAGAGACUACCUGAGGUUAUUUGGUGUCACAGGAAACUGCGCUGCUUGCAGUAAGCUCAUACCUGCUUUUGAAAUGGUGAUGAGAGCCAAGGAAAAUGUUUACCACCUGGACUGUUUUGCAUGUCAACUUUGUAAUCAGAGAUUUUGUGUUGGAGACAAAUUUUUCCUAAAGAACAACAUGAUUCUGUGCCAGACAGACUAUGAGGAGGGUUUAAUGAAAGAAGGUUACGCACCCCAGGUUCGCUGAUCCAACGCCACAUUGUUAAGAAUAUAAAGCACUAUGUUCUUUUAUCUUUUUUGCUCAACAUGUAUAUAAGAAAUGACACAGGAUCCUACUGAUAGCGUAGAUAUAGAGAGACAGGAUGGUCGCGUGGAAUAAAAGGCGGACUGCAUAUGUAUGUAGUGAAAAUUGCUCCAGUUCAGAGUUGAAUGUUUAUUAAAAAGGUAACUGUAUAUACCGCUGGAUUUUUAUUUUAUUUUAUUUUUUGGGGGCUUGCUAUUGUUUUUUCUUUUUUGUGUUAUUUGGCAUGAGAUGUUUAUUUUGGACUAUUGUAUAUAAUGUACUGUAAUAUUUGAAGCACAAAUGUAAUACAGUUUUAUUGUGUUACCAUUUGUGUUCCUGUUUGCUUCUUUGUAUUGUUGCAUUUAGUACAAUCACUGUCUAAACUUAUUGUAUAUUUAUGCGUUCUGUAUCAACCAGCUAUUUUAAAUUAGCUGUAUCUUUCUAGUAAAAAGAAUUAAAGAGCCAAUCCCAAUCAUUAUGCUACAGUUAGAGCUUAAUACUAUUUACGUUGCAACUAUUGAAAAGAUAAUUCUAGCAGCAACCACUGCAAACAAUGCUAUGGUUAAGGGUCUAUCAGCACUUGUGUUAGAAGCCUCUAUUUUUCAGGGGUUAAACCUCAGCUGUUUAAUUGUAUAGAUCUCCUCCAAGAGCACUUUUAUUUUAUUACAACAUUUUGAAAAAUAAGUCUGGCUGGUUUGGGACAUAUUAUAGAAGGUGCAAAAGUGAAUGAUUUGAGGUGCUGCUUUUGUGCUGCUAGAUGUUCAAAAUAAGUGUUUUAUUUUUAUUUUUAAAUUAGCUAGAAAUUAGGUCCUAUUGCAAACCAGUGCCUUUGGGUAUCUUGUAAUAUAUAUAUAUUCUGAAGUUAUUUAAUUUGGAAAAGUGACUUCUGCUCUUGUGCAGAGAUCUUUUGUAAGAUCCAAUUUCUUAGGCUUUGAGGUUUGUUUUUGCAGGGUUGUUUUGAGGGUUUUUUGUGGGGGGAGGGUUGCAUCAAGACUUAACCCUAAUUUUUCAUGGAGAGUUGUGUGAAUGUGGCAAGUGACUUUUUCCUAAAGUGAUGAGGUUAGAAGGCACCAAGAACAGCUUCAGUUAAGGGGUUGUAUACAUGUGUGGAAAGACCCUUUUUAGCUGACAGUAGAAAAGUGAUUUGUUGCUGACAACUACCUUCAGUGGCUGUUGAAGCAAGACAAUUUAAAUGCUAUUGGUGGGACAAAACUUUUAAAUAUUACAGAAGGUGAGAGAUACCACUUCACGUCACGUGAAUUGUUUAAAAAAAAAUUCUCGCCCACACAGGCAAUUAAAUAAUUUAACACUUGGUAAGGAUGGGGGGGGGGGAUGGCUUUCUUCACAAUCACUGUCAGGAACAGAUCCAUCUCCUAAUGAAGAUGGUGCUACCUUUUAAAGCUGUGCGACUGUUGCCUCAGUAGCAGGCCCCUAAGUAUUCAUGUUCCUGGCAGAGCUUAAUGACCAGUUUGGUGGAAUAUAUGAAGGGAUAACAUGUAACAUAUGGGUUAAAUGCAUGGUCAGUCUUUUCCUCUUUGGCAGGAUUAACAUUCACCAGAAAAUUAGCAUUUGUUUAAAUGCCAUUCUCAAUGUGGCCAUCAGAUCGGGGCUUUCUUUUCACUAAGAAUCUUACAUUCAAAGUACAUCAAAGCUCUUUGUGUUCCCUCUGUUGGUUUGAUUUAUGGUUGCAAUGCUGUCCUGAGCACCUCCUAUUACAGCUUUCUGCAGUCCGCAGUGAGUUCUUCCUGGGGAACUCCCUUAGUCUCUGUUGUGUGAGUUCUAAGUAGACUUCACAAUGGAUUGAUUUAGAGAUGGAAUUUUUUUUUAACCCUGAUAUCUGAAUUUCCAAAUUUGUCCAUGGAAGAGAGAUUUAGACAUAUAAUACUGUGGCUUUUUUGCAUGCAUAUGAACCAGCUUAAACCUAAGGGCUAGUCACAAUGCUUAACUUUCAUGGAGGAAACGAAUGGUCACUAAUAUCAGAGUUCAUUCUAGUUAGUCCCCUUCAAAGGUUCUCAACAUUUUCAGAGUUCAGACCACAACUUAACUGAGAAAUCAUUGUUGUGGACCAUCUCUCCUCCCAUUUGUGAUCCCGAACCUCUUCCGCUCCCAUUCAGUUACAUAACACCUGCUACAGCAGUUGCUUACAUGGAAGGGUCAUAUUAGGAAGGUAUUUACAUAUUUGCAUUAGUAAUAGUGCUUUUGCCUUUUUUAAAAGAAAAUCAAUCACUCCUGUUGUUCUUCAUUCCACCUCUCCGUGCUCCAGCCUGUUUUGUUAAUUUCAGCUAGAAACAAGAAUGACUUACUAGCUCUCCAUAGACUACAGUUUGGGAACCUCCAAUCUGAGUCAGGGCAUGGGACUGGGAAUUAAGGAAGCUGAGCUCUGUCAUUGACUUGCUGUUAUGAUGAGCAAGUCACUUAACUUCUCUGUGCCUCGGUUGUCCCAUUUGGAUCAUGAGGGUAAUAUUUACACUGCUUUUGUAAAGUAUUUUUGUCUCUUCAGAUGCCAAGGAGUAUAUGUGUAAAGUAUUAAGAGUAUUAGUUUAUAAUGGGAAAAGUUAGGGAAGCAUUUUUUAAAUGCUCAGUAGAUGGUCACUUUUUUGUAAAUUAGUCAGUCAUGGACAUGAGGGAGAAACAAAUGGAAAACAGGUAAAUCCAAUGAAGACUUUUGAAAAAAGGAUUGAAAGCAGAGCAAUGCCAUUAGUACUGUAAAAUUAAUAGCAAGCACUUGUUAAUACAAAGUGCCACUGUGCAAGAUUAGUCAGACUGGAUUAUGGGAGAAAAGUCUCCUAUGUAUGGGCCUGUUCUAUGAAAGAUGUAUCAGGCAUAUGCAUAUACUCAAAGGCGUGUGUGUAGGAUAUUAUAAUUAUAUAGCCCUUGAUUUGGCAGUAGGGUCAAGAGAAGAAAAGCUAAAGUACAUUGAAAAUGUGCAACAUAUUUUAUAUAAUUUAAAAAAUUGGAAAUGUAAAAUGUUUAAUGGAAGCACGAUCAGAGCACAACAGAUAAAGUUAGUUAAAUCUUUUGCUGAGCAGUGUUACUGAUCAGUUUAACUGAGACUUACCCUACACUAAUUUUCUUUGUUUAAUCGUCUGCCUCCGUUAAUCCUUAUUGCCACUUGUGAUUAAAUGAUCAGUUUGCAUAUGAAGAAAUAUUAUUAGUGACUGGUUCAGCUUGGGCUUCUUUUUGUCAGCCAAGACGGCUUCUGUUAGCAUCUUCUGUCCUGGCUGUAUUCUCUCUCCAUGAAUCUUUAAAUUGAGGUAAACUGAUGUUUUAAACCAAUUAUAGAUCUAUACCGUUCUUGCACUGCUGUUUUCUAGCCCACCUGGUGACAUGUAAAAACAAUCAAACCAUAUUGUUUCAAUUGUAGAAAGACCCUCUACCAACUGCUAUGGUAACAUGCUGUGUGGCUGCUGCUGCUGACAAAUCAAGACUGCCUUGGCUCUGUAAUAGCAGUGACUGAGGUUGAAAGUUGACUAGUGUUUUGUAAUUACACUUUCAUCUUGCUUAAUACAUUUUCUGGUUUUUUUCACACAUGCCUUUCCCUCCUCUCCUCAAUGCUCAAAUUUGUGCACAUCAAAAAAAGUGGGAUGGGGGAAACCUACCACCAUUCCCUCAAAUGUCCUUAAUUGCCAACAUACCAAAUGACUUAAAGAAAAUAGACAAGGUGUGUGUGAGGUAAUAUAUCUUUUAGCCGAUUGGCUUCUGUUGGUGGGAGAGACAAGCUUUCGAGCUUACACAGAGCUGUUGUCUCAGCAAGAGAAGUUGGCCCAAUAAAAGAUAUGACCUCAGCCACCUUGACUCUCUCAUAUUCUGGGACUGACACAGCUACAACCAUGCUGCCCACGUUAAAUAAAAUAGAAAGGAAAGUGGGCAGCGAGGAGGAAGAUUGUGGAAAAACAGGAGGGAUUGGUAAGGUUUAGCCUGUACAGACAAAGUACUUAAAGGCUUUUUGCAACAUAAUAUGCAGCAGCUUCUUAUAAUUUUCUCAGCGGUCGGUAGUUUACAGUCAUCUGUACCUAGAACAAAUCUUGUCAAAAAAUGAAGGUCUGUAGUGAUUGCUGGGUAUAAUUUUAUACAUUUAACUGAUUCUUCUGAAAGCUUCAACUGUGCUGCUGUUGUCAGACUAAAUUAUCAAUUUAUCCAUUUGUUGUUUAAUGAAUAAAAAAAUCCUCCUAAAUCCUAUCAAACUGGCUUUGGAGAUGUUGUGGUUUCAAUAAAC